AUGGCGGAUUCAUCGAGUGCCGCAGCUGCUGCAGCAGCAACCCUGCUUGAACGCUUCAGUUCCGGCUCUUCAGUCAAGCUGCUAGCAACUGCGCUAGCCAUAUUUGCCGCAAUCUUGCUCGUCAUUGACAAGCUCAUUGCUGCGCCCGUGGAUCCUCGCGAGCCCCCUGUUGUCAAAGGAAUCCUCCCCGUUGUUGGUCACUGGAUCUCUGUAAAUACAUCGUACCCAGGCGUUUACGAGAAGCUUGCCAAACAAAGCAAGUUGCCUGUCUGCACCAUUCCCGUCCUUAACAAGAAGAUGUAUGUCAUCAACAGUGCAAAUCUUGUGCAGAGUGCGAUGCGCAACAAAACACUGGAGUUUGGCGCUCGUAUCGAAGAGAUCGGCCGUAUCAUGGGCGUGGACCCCGUCAUCGUUAAAAGGCUUGUGAAGGAAAAUGCUGUUGAGGAGAUUUCUCGCGUCACCGUCUCAGCCCUGUCCGGAGACAACUUGCUAAGUCUAAAUUUGAAUGCGUUGAAGUACAUCGGCAGUCGCUUCAAUGAGGUCAAGCCUGAGAACCCCCUGCAGAUCGACGACGUUCACCACUGGGCCCGCGAUCUCAUCGGACAAGCCACUACUCGAGCUUUGUAUGGCGAGCAUAGCCCUUUCAACAAUCCGGAGUUAGUUGAAGCCAUCUGGACAUAUGAAUCAGGUCUUGGAAAGCUUCAGUACGGUUGGAUCUCAAAGUUCAUUGCUGGCAAGGCGCUGGAAGCCAGAAAGAAGAUAGUCACAGGUCUGGUCGGCUACUACAUGCGCAAACUUGAUCAGGGCGAAACUGUCUCCGCCGUUAUAAAGGGCCGGGCAGAGUUUUGGCGCUCAUUCGGCCUCUCUGAUAUCAUGCUCGGUGCUAUGGAUUCCCUCCCGGCAUCAUCAACUGUCAACACGGCACCGUCGAUGUUCUGGCUCAUUGUUAAUGUCUUCGCUGAGCCAAAGUACCUGUUCCACGUCCGCCAGGAGCUCGAGAACGGUAACGUCAUCUCCAUCACCCAGGAGGGUGACAAGCGCGUCGCCACUGUCGAUGUUUCCGAGCUCGGAAAGUCGUGCCAUUACCUCGUGGCAUGUUACCGCGAGACUCUUCGUAUGGAGAACACCGUCACCGGAAGCCGAACCGUCACAAGCAAGGAUACAACCAUCACCGACCAUGAGACCGGACGCGAGUACCUUCUAAAGGAGGGCGUCGAGGUUCAAUGGAGUGCGUCCGUGAUGCACAAGAAGCCGAUCUGGGGCGAGGACAGCGAGCACUUCAACCCCGGAAGAUGGCUGAAGAGGACCCCCGAGAUUAACAAGGGCUCCAAGGAGUCAUUUGUGCCUUUUGGCGGCGGCAAGCAUCUUUGCCCUGGUCGAAAUUUUGCGUUUGCUGAGCUCUUGGGCUGCUUGGCUGUUUUGGCAGUGGGUUUUGAGCUUGAAGGAGUUGAGGUCCCAGAUCAUGCUAUGUUGUUUUCAACUUCUGGUCUACGUUCCCCUAUCUAUGGAAACAAGUCUAGCAGAGCAACUUUGAAGAGGAGAGUGGGAUGGGAAGGCGUUGAGUGGAGAUAUAAAUGA